AAAUGCAUUUGUGAAUCUCGAAAAUUUAACAUUACAAAUUGCCCGGUCCUGGGUCUGGGAAACCCUGCGAGAGUAGGGUGUAGACGUAAAGGCUUCUUGAAGCUUCUAGAGUAGUGUGGGGCAAAUCGAAGAUAGGAAUUAAGCACAAUUACGAGAGAAAAAUUCCUUCGGGGACCACAACACAUGUUGAUUGAUUAGCAAGUUACCAAAAUUCUCGGCGAGCCAAGGAGGAUACGACGCAGUUCUGGAUUGUUUACUAGGUUCGCUGCCUUCGAUGGAAACUGGCUCAUCUGCUAGUGGCAGCGUUAUCCGAUUUAGUAGCAAUCCUUGGCACAGUUGGCAUGAUGCAUAAGGAAUGCAACAUACAGUUGGGAGCGAGAUCGACGUUGCCCACCUGCAGAUUGCAUUUAGAGUGUAGCUUUUGGAUUCCGCCCUGAAAUAAUUCCUUGCAACUGCAGGAAGGGAUAGAUUUUGGGGGUGCCAGCUGCUCUAGAUUCCUCGACGUCGGAUCGGGUAAAAGUGUGGGAGUGUAGGAGGGUCGUCGGCAGUUUUCUUCUUGGUACUUCAGGCCUUGGGCUGGGCCGGGCUGUGCUAGCUUGUUGGUGAUUCUAGCAGAAAUCGAAAUGACUGAAAUCGCAAUGGAUACGGUUAGACAGCAGCAGCAGCAGCCGCCGAGCGAAACGUCGUCUUGUCAACCUGUCGUUGACAGACAGGAGAAGGCUGGAGAACAAGCUGCACUGCUGGUGACUGAGCAGUUGGAGGCAGAGCAUGAUCAUGUGGAUGCGAGCUCAGAGACGAAUAGUAGCGCCUCGGACGUGGACUCGAAGUCUGGUGCUGUAACUGUGGACGCUAAGGCGAGAGGGAGGAAGAAAAGGGGGGCUGCGGGGUCUUCGUCUUCCGGGACUGGUGGUGGGCAGGAGCGAGUGCGCAAAAGGCGAGGGGGUCCAGAGAAUGGGUUACAUCAGUAUCGAGGAGUGAGGCAGCGGCAGUGGGGUCGAUGGGUUGCUGAGAUUCGAGAGCCGAGAUUGAGGACGCGAAUGUGGUUAGGGACAUUUAGUACCGCUUUGGAGGCUGCUAGAGCUUAUGAUGAAGCAGCUCUUGUUUACCACGGUCCUGGAGCGAGGCUCAACCUUCCACAUGAGACGUAUCAGAAGCCAGAAAAUAUUGCUCCUUUAGGUACUCACGGCGUGGAAUACCAUUUUGCACAUAUGAAUUCGAACAAAAUUAUGGGUCCAGGUGCUGCUACUGUCGCGCUCAUGGGUAAUGAUGGAGGGAAGACGGAUAAUUAUGGCAUGAGAGUUGUUGACACGCCGCUCUCACGUCGAUCGUCGUCCUGCAGCGUGGAGAGCAUUGGGCUUCCUGCUGGGUGCAAUUUCAAUCAUGAUCCUCAGUGGUGGACUUCUAGUGGAAGCACCAGUCUCAACUCCACACUCCGAGCAAUUCCAAGUUUUGCCAACGCACCUCCCACUGCGUCGUCAUGCAACGAUGGGUCUGAGCGAUUCUACCUCUCCCAGGGUCCUAUAAAUUUACAAACAAGACCAAACUCAUGCGAAUUGCCCCCCGAUCGGCAGCAGCGUCGGCAAAACUUUGCAGUCCCUCUGGAGAUGUGUGCAGGACUGUUCCAGAGCAAAUACACUGGAUCUUUGGGCCUUCGCUCUCCUAACAUUCAUUGUGAACUUGGUGCAGAUUGUCCUUACGCAGAUAGGCCGGGAAGAGGCCUGCACGAGAACGGCAUUCACAAUCCGUCCACCGUGACGUAUGCGAAAAGUAGCACUGAUCAGACCGACACUCCGUUUCAGACUGAUCAGUACCAGCCAACUAAUGAGCCUGCUCGCGAUACGUCUAGAGAAAUGGGCCCUGCUUUUACAGCAACACCACAGUGCCCUGACCAGCCUGUGACGGCACUUGUACCUCCCAAGGAAACGAACACGUUCACUGCACCUCCUGUAAGCGACGACACAUGCCAAGACUGCUCGAGUCUCGAAGUAGCCAAGAAAUUCGAGUACUCAAUUUCGGAGGGAUCUGCUGAAAAUUCUUUUGCGACCGAGUUCGGCAGCUUUGAUUUCGAGCCUGAGACAUUUCAGUCGAUAACCAGCUCGGUUGAAUCCGAGCACGAUAAAAUGCUGAGCAGCAUAACUGCGGCUAGUUCGUUCACGGACCAAGGCCCGCCAGUUUCAUCCGAAACAUCUCCAGCCAUUCUACGAGGAAUGGAUGUCAUUGAUGAAGGCUCGCCCAGCUCAUUCUGGCGUGAUAGCAGCACUUCGAGCCACCGGUCACUGGAUGCACCCGACGCAUAUGCAUGGAACAACAUACAAGAGCAGCGUUUUCUACUGAAGCCAUGCCCAGAUUUCGACGAUAUGAAUGGCUGUUGGGACGAUGUGGCAAGUCCGAUACUCGCCCCGCCGCCGCCCCUACUCGAUCUCCCAGACCUUCCGAACUUAUCAUUCGACACUCUGACGGAUGUUUUUUGUUCCACACCAAAGGUCGCCGACGUUGACAAGGCAACUAACAUCCGGGACUUGUAGACAACAACGAAAAAUUUAGCUUCCAACAUUUUUGCUUUUUUCCCUUGAUCGUUCUGUUACACUAGAACAUUAGAUUCUUCUCGUAAUACCUUAUGUAGAAAGAGCCUGAGGUACAUUCAAUGCUCACAUAUCCAUUGUAGCAGUCACGCUGAGACAGUGCACGUUAGCACAUGCCUUUCGAUUCUUCCAAAUUUUUUUCCAGCUGCAGAUAUCCGUAGAUGCCUGACAGUUUGUUGCGGGGAGGGAAAGGAACUGGCAAGGACUUACAUCCCAUUAGCAAGAGGUAUUGUAGAAAGAAACGGAUUGACAGGGGUAAGUCUAUUCCAGCGGGUGUGGGAGUGAUCUCGUUGACACCCACAUCGGAGAUAUCAGAGAAAGGAAAAGAGUUUCUUCCUCAUCUUGCUGAGAUUAGUUUUGUAGUUUUGUAGUUUUGUAGUUUAGGAAGGCAGUUUACUUUGCCCUUCUAUUUGUUACUAAGUUCUAGAUCAAUUUAACGCGUUGCCCUUUGAGCCGGUUACCUGGUCAACGAUGUGGUACAAUUUCUUGUCACUCAGUCCACACAAUACGACAAGUCAUCUCUGCUCAGGAUGAUUAACUCA